GGAAUGCAGGAUAUUUUACUACGCUAGAUAGAAGUAGUUCUUCUUAUUUGGUCUAAUUUUUGACUCUAAUGAUUAUAAAUUGAUCAUUUUUCAGCCCUGAGUAAAAUAAAAAUAUAUGGUAACUUAUCUGUUUUAUUUAUCAAUGUAUAGUUCCCUUUAAGCAGUUAACAAUAACUUAUACUGCUCUCCUCAUACAACCACAGAUCACAGUGAUCAAGUAACGUGAUCCCUCUCCGCUAGAGAAUUAGUCUCGUUGUUUCUCGUGAGUUUAUUGAGAACGAGGCUGACAGAAAAAUAUAUUUAUUAGUUCGUUCAUGAAACUUCAACUAGAAUUCAAGGUCUAAGAUAGAAGAAAAACAGUCAAGAUGGAGAUGCCAUAAAAGUCUGCAGUAUGACGCUUAUGUACACAUAUUGGUAGAUUUCUUCAAUUAUUCUACGCUGUACAUGAAUUCCAAUGCUAAAUGUGACUCCAAUAUGUCUGCGCUAGCUGUACUUACUUGUAGACCAAAUUCACACCCAUUCCAAGAGAGGCAUGUGUCUUUGCAUGAACCAGCAAAGAUUGGUAGAUCUGUAGCACGUGCUAGACCUGCGCCAAACAACAGUAUUUUUGAUUGCAAAGUUUUGUCAAGAAAUCAUGCCCUCAUUUGGUAUGAGGAAGGCAGGUUCUUCUUGCAAGACACAAAGAGCAGUAAUGGUACGUUUGUUAAUAGUCAAAGACUCAGUAAGGGUUCAGAAGAAAGCCCACCACGAGAAAUCAUGUCUGGCGAUGUCAUUCAGUUUGGAGUGGAUGUCAUGGAAAAUUCUAGAAGAGUAACGCACAGUUGUAUUAUUGCAUCACUGCAGUUGUUCUAUCCAGAUGGACGGGAGGCAAAGCCAAGUGGAGAUGGGGGCACAUUUUCCCCUACUAUAGGGACCAAUAUAUAUUCUCAGGAACUUUACCAAUUAUCACAAUAUUUACAGGAAGCACUCCACAGAGAACAGAUGCUUGAAAACAAACUGGCUACCUUGCAGCGACUUGUCCAGGGAACCCAGGAGGCCUCUGAGCAAGGCUGGCAGGCCCUAGUUGAUGAAGACAGGCUCCUAUCUCGAUUAGAGGUCUUAGAGAAUCAACUCCAGGCUUAUGCUAAGAAUCAAACAAAAGACAAUCUAAAAACAGAGCUACUUGCCCUUCAAGAUGAUAAGUUAAAUUAUGAAAACUCCGCAAAGGAAUCUCUCAGGAAAGUCUUACAAGAGAAACUAGAUGCAGUUACUAAACUCUCGGGAAUAGAGCAUUCAUUAAGCAAUACUGAGGAUGAGUGUGAGCAUCUGAGGAAAAUUUGUGAGACUUCUCAGAAUGAAUUGGAGGAGUUGGCAACCAAACACAAAGAGAGCCUCAAUGAAGUUGAAGAAUUCAAACAGCAACUUUCGCAAGCAGAGCUGUCUCAUAAGAAUGAUUCUGAGAAGAUUGAGAAGGAAAAGGAAGAGUUAGAGAUGAAGAUUGAAGAGAUGCAGAAAGAAGAAAGUUCUUUGUUAGCAAAGAUUGAAUCACUGCAGGCUGACAAUGACUUCACAAAAAAUCAACUCACCUCUAUUAAAGCACGGCUUGAGUCAAUGAAAGAAAGUGAAGCGGAGGGUUCCUUAGAUAAUGAUACAAUAAUCAACACAGAUAUGAUCACAAAAGAUUCUACUGUUAAGUUAAAAGAGUUAGAGGAACAGAUAGAAUAUUAUAAAGUGCAAGUGAGGGAAUCAAACAAUCGACUUAACGAAAGUAGUGAAAAAAUUGAGAUGUCACAGAACCAACUUGAUCAAGCUCAAAUGGAUGCUGUGCAACACAUAACAAAAAUUGCCAGUUUAGAAGGUGAUGUUGCAAAGCUUGAGGCAGAGUUAUUAGACACUAAGCGUAUGUUGGAACUGCAGAGGUCUGAUGCCAAGAGUGGAGCUAUAUUUGAAGUGAGACAGUUUGAUUCAGAUGAGACCAUUAAUAAUGACACAGAUUCUUCUGAUUCAGUGAACGAACUGUCAGCCAUAUCAGAUAAUGGAGGAGGGGAGAAAGGAGCAGCAGGAAAAUACAUUGAAGAAAUACAAAAACUUAAAGGUGAAUUACUUGAUGCUAAGCGCCAGGUACAACUAGCAAAGGAUGAAUACAAUACAAUGAAGGCAGAGCAUGAGACAUUAAAUAUGGAAUAUGAGAUCAAAGUAUCACAACAACAGGUUGACAUGAAGAUCCUUCAGGACAAGCUGCAGGAGGCACAACAGUCAGCCAAACAAAGCAACAAUGAAGCAGAGCAAUUAAAAAGUAAAUUACAGACCCUUCAAGAUGAUGUAAAUCAGCUGCAGCAUUGUAGUAAACUUUCACAAGGUUCAACCAUCGAAAACAGUAAAGGUGACUUAGCAUUGCUGAAGGAAGAAUGUGCCAACUUACGGAAACGUAUCCAAGCUAUAGAGGGAGAGAACAAGCAACUCAUGAACAAGUAUAAGGCCCUGGAGGAACUGAAAGCACAGCUGGAGGGUAAUGAAUCCACGUGGCAGGUCAACCUCACUGAUGCCCAGAAAGAUGCAGAUAAAACCAAAAAACAACUAUCUGAUGCAACUGAACAGAUCAGUUCACUGAAAGACAGGUGUAGUCAGUACACAGAAGAGAUCAAUUAUGUCACGUCUCACCUUAGAGAAACUCAAGAAGAAUUAAAUAACCUAGCUUUACGUAGUAAAUCAAUUGCUGCUUUUUCCAUGGUGCCACUAUUUAUUUUGUUCUUUGCCAUUGUCAUGGCGUUCUACCCUGCCCUGUCAGAGAUCACUGCAACAUCAUCCAUGUGAAACAUUCCAGAUGGUCAGGUAUAUCAUCUGGGACAUUCUUGAUCCAUGUGAGCAUACCAUCUGCAGCAUUGUGAGGCAUACCCAUCUUUGCUACAUCAUCCAUAAAUAUGAGACAUAUCAUUUCUGCAACAUAGGGCAUAUACAAUUUCGGUUUGAGGCAAGAGGCAAACCAACAUCUCCACUUCAUAUGAGACUUACCAUUUGUGCAACAUUCUCAAUGAAUCUGAUGUAAACUAUGUGCCAUCCAUAUGAGGCAUCCUCCAUCCAUGUUGGAGACCUACAAUUUGAAUAGAUUUCAAAGAAGAUCUUUAUAUCUAAUAUAGAUAGUGGUCCUUAUCAGUUACCUAGGUGCCAGUAGUUAGUUAUUUGUUUCACCACCAGGUGGCUGACUCGGAUCAGAUAAAAUUCCAUACCAAAAUUUACUUGCACUGUUUUUUUAUCUAGUAACCUUUCCAAGUAUUAAUUAUCCCACCAAACAAAGUUUGUUAGGGGUAUGGAGAAGCUGCCCAUAAUUCUGUUCAUUCAUUCAUGUCUUAGCGAUAACUCAAAUACCCGUUGUACAAUUUGGUCAAAAUUUAUAGGCUCAGUGUCUCAUGGGCAAUGGAUCUCUGCUCGAG